AUGCAUAAGUAUAUGCAAGUUUGUGUCCUGUGCUAUAUUUGUUUUGUAGUGUUUAUACUUAUUGAUGUAGGUAACGCUAAUGAUACCACAAUUCAACGGCACAGAAGGUAUCUUAGCUUCAAGAACAUGUCGCAUUUCUUUCUUCGUUUCAACUUCAAAGUCAACAUAGUGCCGUGGAACCAGAUCUUCGCGCAAGCCCUCGGAUUCCGUAUGAACUGGGACGAUCCGCCCGACACCUUCCAUCCUUAUAGAAACCAUUUCAUACAUAGAAGGAGUCUUUAUAGUCAUGCUGAGACUCUUUUGGACAAGAACGGCCUGAAUGGGUACCACUGCGUCCGCCGAGCCAUUUGCGAAAUGGAAACGAUCCCUGAACCUCACAAAAUAUACCACAAACUUUUAAAAAUGGUAUUCAGGCGACAAUCAGCGGCUACAGACAGAUGGCACCGCAAAACUGCUGAAGAUUGUGAAGUUUCCAUAUCAUCAUGCCCGUUCUCAUUCCUAGAUGUAUCACUUUACACAGAUAUAUAA